CAUUAUUCAAAUAGGAACAAUGUGAAACUAUAAUAUUAAUUACCUAUACUAAUUGAUUAUUUAGUUAAACAUUUUUCAUGCCAGAAAAGCUGACAAACAAGUUUGCUAAUAGCGAUCCGGACAGUCGGUCGUAUUACAUUUAACCGUAACAAAAUACUUACAAAAGAUCGAUCAAAUUGGUAAUAAUUGAGUGUAAACAAAAUCGGAUUAUCUAUAAUUACAUGGGCGUUACUAUCUAUCGCCUAAGAUACGGUUCGUCGGCAGCUUUUAAUAGCCGGUCAUUGAGAAGCCAUUAUUAUUUUUUUCAUGGUGUUUGUAGAGUCAGCGGUUUGUGAAGGUGCGUUGACAAAUCAUGGUACAAAUUGGCGAUUACUUAUCAGUGCUGGCAGAGCGUCUCCCCCAAAGUCCAUGGCACUGAGGUAACACCGCUAAUAGCUGAUAAAUCGGCGACUCAGUGGGACUGAUUUCACCCGAAUCGGAGAACCGGAGAAUUAUUGCAGAAUUAUUAUUGCAGAGAGUGGGAGAGCCAGAACCUUUAAUAUGUAGUGGGUGAAAGAGUGAGUGAGUGAGUGAGUGAGAUAUCGGGCCCGAAUCGCUUCGAUAAGCGGCGAACGGAACGCUCCGCUCCGCCAAAAGCGGUAGCGGCAACGUCAGCGCUCAAUCAGUCGACAAGCGAACUGGGAAACGGAACGGAGGAGCCGAAGCCCAAAGAGCGUUUCGAUUAGCAGACGACGUGGUGGUGAAGUUUCAUUUCAUUUUAUAUAUUUUUGGCCAAAACAAAGCCGUCGACUUAAAGUCAGAAUGCCAAGCCAACAGAUUUGCUGGUGAGGAGACACGAAAGACAUGGCCCAGCUAACGAAUGUGGGCCAAGAUCAGCAGGCCUUUGUUGGCCCACUGGUCGCCUCGGCCAUGUUGCUCAUGGGUUUGGUUUUCGCCCUGCUGGGCAUCAAGUUCUUUGGCUUCCGGCGGCGUUUGACUUUCGGUGGAUCGCAGGUGCAACAGUCGCCGCAGCAAAAUCAACAGCCCACAAUCAAUCCGCCACGUUACGCAGCUUUCGAGUCUCAGGUUAAUGGCACCGAUACCGCUGUUCACGGAGUGUUCCGACGGCGCAAUCUCGAGGAAUUCGAAAGCCCAUGGCCAUCGCCAUCAACAGCGACAGGUAACAACUACAUAACUGGUAGCGUUCCAAAUCUGCAACUAUUUGGUGCCAGUCCCAGGGAGACGAAAACCACUGAAGGAUCAGAGGUCUCCUAUAGGGACAAAUCAAAGGCUCUGCGAGUCCAGCGAAUGGAGGUGCACAGUGAACGCUAUGAAUACUAUACCUCUCCACCAACCCGAAAGCCACCUGCUCCUCCCGUAGAAACGGAUAUAGAUGAGGGAACACAAGCGUUACCUUCUCCAUCUAAAAUACCGGAAUCUAUACCAUCAUCAUCAUCUAAAGCUGCGACUGAUGCUCCAACUUUACGCAGGGUUUCGCCUCCAAACAAUCUACCCCUGACUUCAGUUUCUGCUGAUUCUGUUCCAGAACCUCCCAGCGAACUGGGAAUGCCGAAUUUCGAUCACUUUGCCGAGAAAUACAACCUGUUCAGUGUGAAACCAACGACGGAAGUCACAAAAGCAACCCAGCUGAGCAACAAAAACAGUGGUCGUUACGUCAAAUUCGAGCCUGUGGAUGAUGUGCCGGAAAUUCUCACCCCGGAGGAUUCGAUUCCCGAGCCACUGACUCCGGAUGAUGGUUUGGGAGGAGCUCUGUCAGUCACAGCGGUGGUGCAUCGAGGAGCAAUUCCCAAGGAAGAACCAAAACCAGACGGCCAAAGAAGAGAUCCCUUCGAGGAUGCAAGCCAUGCAGACUCCGCUUUCGUGGUGGAAAUCAUAGCAGGAAGUCCGGAAACGGAGGGAACUCCAAGCAUGCAGCUCCCAAUGCAAAGGAACCUCUUCGAAGAUCUUGAGUUGCCACAAGGUGAGCACGAUAGCGACUUCGUGCGAAUCCGUUCGUCAUUCGUGAUGAACGAGGCGGACAUCCUGGAUUUGGAUCAGCUGCAGCUGCCGGCGGCCAGUAGUCCGCCAGGAUUUGGCAAGAGCAUCGACGAGGAUUGGGAGAACUUCGAGAACCUCGACGCGGCGGUGGAUCUGCCAGAACCCAACUGGGCACACCAUCCAAAUAGAAAUAGUUUAGAGCAAUUGCCCACGGUGGAGACGACGCUAAGUGAAGCCACUCUCGGAUUGGACAAUGUGCCACGGGAUGAGGGUCUUUUCCAUCAACUGGAGCUGGUGGAGCCCGGGUUGGAUAUCUUCGAGCCUGAACCGCCAGCUCCCGUUGUGGAUCCACCGCCCUACGAUCCUGGUCUGCCCUAUCUACCCGACUACGAGUCCCUCAUGCAGUUGGAAAGCGCGAAGAGCGGCCAGAAUUUACCCAAGUACACAGAGGUAAUGGAGCAAAGGUCCAAGAAAGCCAACUAUGUGAGUAGCAUAGAGGAUCUGUACGCGGAUCUGGAAGUGAAUGGAUUGCAGGUGGCAGGUGCUUCUCCUAACCAGAGUAAUGGCAUUCAGAACUUCGAGGAAUUGUGCCAGGAAAUGGCGAUGGUGGCGCCAUUGGUGCGUCAGGCUCCUCAGCCAGCACCAAGAUCCACAAAGCUAGCCACCCUGAAUGUUCGGGGGGAUGCUCCUCCUUUGGCGUGCUAUCAACCCGGCGAGCUGCCCAACUCCAGUUCCAGUGAUUCGGAUGGCGAGGAUGGAGCCCGAUCAUCAGCUCCACAACCUGCCAGGCGUGAUCCGAAAUCGCUGAAGGUCCGCUUCGACGUGGAUAACCUGCAGUACUACCAGUCCGCCGAGGUGGUAACCUCCAGUGGCGAGGAGUCCGGCGAGGAUGAGCAACUGCCUCGCCCGACGCCAAUGCAGCGCGUCGCAAUCUUCGAGCCGAGGAAUAACGGAGUGCCCAGUCUCUUCGGUUCCCAAGUCUCCCAGGAGGACAGUGAUGAAGAUGACGAUGGCUUUGGACGCGCGAUUAGCCAACAUCGUUCCAUGACCGCGGCCCUGAGGACAAACGCUGUGCGGAGUGAUUCCGAGGCCUAAUCCUUCCUAAAUUCGCCAACUGCCGCACUUUCUGACUUCCUUAGCAAAUACAGUAUUUUACGUGUUAAUUAUUGCCAAAAGGCUAUGACCUAUUUAUGUACAUACAUUUCGCUGAUAAGUUGCCAUAUCGUGUUGACUAUAUAUAAUAUAAUAAUAAACUUAUAACAGGAAAGCCCAUGAAGAUAAAAAACACACAUUUUUAACAUAGUUCUUGGGGGCCUUAAAAAAUUAUUAAAAACGAAAAUCAAACAUUUUUUGAGUACAUAUUUGUACAGUUAUUGAUUAUACGGCAUGUGAGUUUUCCAUUCUUCAAUGUCUAGAUAAAAUGCCUGAUAGACAUAAGUCACUAACU